ACAGAGAGCGCGAAAAUAUGCCAGCGGCCUCACUCCUGGUCGAUAAAACAAGUAAACCCAUUGGCUGAAGCAAGAUCAAAAGGUCACGUGGUACUCCUGGGACUGAUGCUCGCUAGCUGACAAUUUUGCAAAUGGCAGGCUCAGAUGAUGGAACGAAUGCUCAAAGGGGUCGUUAAGAAGAGGAAUUUCACGGAUAUUUCUUUUAUGAUUCUAAACAUGAAGAGAGCUUCAGGUUCCAUCUCAGAGCUACAAAGGAGAGUGUCGUUCCCAGUCUACCAGGAGCCAGCAGACCGAGACAUCAUGGGAUUGUUAGGAGGAAGUAAGGACGAUUUCCUCAUCUUCGAUCGCUGCGGACUCUUGGCUUAUCAUUUUAAGAUGCCUCGCAGCUAUCUGAUAUUUCCGUUUGUACGGAAUUCGUUGAUAAAGGAAUAUACCAAAAAAGGUUCGAAGUGUAAACGACACUGUCCGAUUAAGACGACCACUACUGCAACCCAGGCCACCACAAACAAGCCUAGUACGUCAUCCGAAUUUUCAGCCAGUUAUAGUUCAGAGAGUGUCGAGUCACAGCCUCAAUCUGAUGCCACUACUACCUCAUCACCCGUAACAACGACUGAUCUAACACUGAUUCGGCGAAAAGAAACACCUUAGAGUGGACAACUGUACUGGUUGAUAAGCAUCUGAUAAGCAUCUCAUUAAAGUGAUAAGCAUCUGAUUAAAAAAUAUAGAUUCCAAGUUGCCGUGCGUCUGUUCUGUAAUAGAU